UUGAGAAAUUAGUUGCAAACAUUUGAACAACCUUGAACAUUCAUAUAGCGUCUCUGCUUACAGUCAAAUGAACCACUAGAUAAUGUAAAUGUAAUUGUUUAUGAUAUUAGCUAGAUGAUAUUUUCUUGAAAGUUUGAUAGGUGUAAUUAUUGAGUACUUCUCUGUUUUUGAUUAUUGGGUAGUUUUGUCUUUAGAUUUUCUCUUUAGGCCAGCUUUCACAAAAAACAGUUGCAAAGGCUGGUGGUAUUGCAAUUAUGGUGCUUCUAUACCAGGCCUUUCCACGAUUAAAAGAGUUUCCGGAAACAAGCGAUGCCAGAUUUAAAUGAAAGCCUAUGGAGAUGAAACAACUAAAAACGACAUGUGGCUACAUUCAGCCACUCCCCUACGGCCUUCACAUGCACAAAACAAUCUUCACACAAGAAGGAAAAUCUGUCAGCCAGCUGUUACUCUGAUCCUGAUUCUCAGUCCCGAUGACUUCAGGACCAUAAGCGAUCUCCUGCUUCAUUUUGGACGCCAUUCUCCUGUGAAAAUGGCCGACAUUGCCAGGCUUGUCUCUGAUGAGAUAGCAAAAGGGCCUGCAGAGCUGGAUCCAUGUCUGUUGGAAAUUGACAGGAAGUAUGAUAUUGUUCCUGCUGUAAUCUCCUCUACAUGCUGCCUCUUUGGAAUUAUCUACUGCUUUUUUGGUUACCGCUGCUUCAAAGCCAUCAUGUUCCUGUCUGGGUUGCUGUUUGGCUCUGUGAUUAUUUUCUUGCUGUGCUAUAAGGAACGUGUGUUAGACACACAGCUGAGCAUAGAGGCAAGCGCUGGCAUUGGCCUGGGCAUCGGACUUCUUUGUGGCCUUGUCACCAUGCUAGUGCGCAGCGUCGGCCUCUUUAUGACGGGCAUCCUGCUAGGCCUGCUCCUUGCCAUUGCUGGUCUUCUGCUUACACACCAGCUGUUUACACCCAGCACCCUGUGGGUGCCCGUAGGUGUCCUUCUUGGCACUGGCAUGCUGUGUGCUGUUUUGACUCUCCAGUGGCAAAAGUUUUUCACCAUCAUCUCCACAGCUGUGUUUGGUGCAGCCAUCAUGACCGUAUCUGCUGAUUACUUUGUGGAGUUGCUGAUGCUGGUCACACACAUUUAUGACUGUCUGCGCCUUGUCUCUGCUCCCGCACCGCUCUGCUGGUACAGCUGGGUCAUUAUGGGCAUCUGGCCUAUGCUCAGCAUUAUGGGAGCAUUAGUGCAGUGGAAGCUCACAGCUGAAGGUUUUUCACACACUGAAGUGAUCCUCAGCAGAAGGCAGAAGCGAUUGCAGCUGAUGAGAAUAAGACAGAAAGAUGUGAAAAAGUUGCAACUGUCUGCAGGUCAGGAGGGGACGUAUCGCCGUAAACCCACUCCUGUAAAACGCUACGCUGGAGAUCUUCUAGCUCCAAGUUACCUGCAGAGUCUCCGGGAGCAUCAGAUGGGCACAGGCACAUCCCUGAGCAGCCUGAGUACCGCCAACCAUACCAUGGUGGAUAUGGAUUAUGAUACUGGAUCAACAGUUCCACUAACACACACCACCACCACAACAGCAGCAUGCACCUGAAUAUGUGCUGAAUUCAUCAGUGGUCAAAAACUGUCCAGAUAAAAAAGCAGGAUUGCGUGGUACUUCAUAAUAAAGUCAGACAAUAUGACCGAUAUUUUGGUCGGGUCCAAAAGUCCACUGACAGGAACUGUUAGUCACUUUAAAACAAACUUUUAAUACAACUAUCUCCGAUUCAAAUAAAGACACUUUCAUUCACUAAUAGUAGACCGUGAAAGCGUUGUUAAGUGAAAACUUUAGGAGUGGUCAGCGUUGAAGGAUAAUUUAUAUUUUAAAAUAAAGUGUGUGAGAACUUUAACAUUUAUGUAGAUCUAAAUUUUUUCACAGAGGAAUUUUCAGAUAGCAACAGACUGGAUCUGUCCCUGUUUUAAAGCCACAAUUUUACAUUUUAUAUUUAUAAAUCUAGAAACCCUAGAAACAAUUUCCGAGGGGGAAAAACACUGUGAUAUCCAAUUGGUGCAUGCAUACAUUUUUCCAGUUUGAAUAUUACCUCUGCUACAUUUAGAACAGGACUGCUAAUCUCUGUUUCUUUUAGUCAACAAUAUAUUUCUGUGAUUUUAAUAGGGUGCCUGGAGCUACAAGCUACAGUUGCAGUUCACCAUACAGUCUACAGAGGGCUCUAAAACAUCAAUUGAAGUAUCUGCUCUAGAAUACAUAGAACUCCGUGUAAAGUUGUGUGACACUUUUCUAUAGUCUAUGGUUGUUUAAAAAAAAAAAGGGGGGUUCUAGUUGGACUUGAACUGUUGGACCUGGCUGUAUAGACUUCAGUAUAUCACUUUAUAUGAGUGGACUUUAUAGGCCUUUUAACAUUAGUUUGCUGUUCAUUUGCUACUGUAACUAAUAACCUGCCAUUUGAAUUAACAGUAUUUUUAUAAUAACCUGCCCUGACUUUUCACAAAAUAUUCCUUUUUAAUUUGCAGUUACUUGCCAUUAUUUUUCUUAGAUUUAGUAAAACCUUUCCUAUAUUUCCUUGAUAAAUAAUAAUGUCCCUGUACUGUAUUCUGUGAUUUUAUACAGUAACAUAAUAUGUUCUUCGGAUGUUUGGCCAAGUUGUAAGUUGUAGCCAAAUUAAAAACUACAGAACUUCCUACAAAAAAAAGUGUAAGUGACUUAAAGAUCUCUGGCCUAACUUUUAAGUUAUCUUUGCAUUUUUUGUCAUAUUAAAUUACAAAGUGAUGUCACGCAGUCAAGUUUACAGUUAAUGAUUUUUUAACCUGAAUCACUUCAGCCACUUGUAUGGGCACCCUAUUUAAAAGAUUCAUUUUAUACAAUGAAGCAACUUUGUACAGAAAGUUUACGAUGCAUCUUGUACUCUGGAAAAUAGUGUUACUUUUAAAAUGUUGUUACAUAAAUGUUGCAUAAAGUGAUGUGAACAUGGGAAACGACAGAGCAUCUACAUCCAUCGCUCUGUCCCAUCCAAUCAUGCAUAAAAGACCUACCUUAUUGGUAAUAAAUUUUCUGUUUUGUUGUCUGA